CAAAUACUAACGUUACCAUUUGCUAUCAUUGUACUACCGAUUUCUCACUUCUCUUAACUGGCCAGUCCUGAACUUUACUCUUGAUAUGAACGUUCACUAGGCUACCUCCGCCUGAUUCCCAGACACUAGAGCUACCCCCUUCUAUCCUGCACGGUGCCCUUCAAGGUUUUUUUCCAGAGUCAGGCCAAUUUAUUUAAAUGCCGGAUAUUCCAAACGGCCUUAGCCGCCGAGGUAUAUAAGAUCGGCAUGGCCCCGGCCCUCGCUUUUAGCCGACCAGCUAACUUAACCAUUAUCACACCCUUCGUUAUGGCUUCUUUAAUUGACGGGAAGCAAAUUGCCCAAGACAUCAGGGGCCGUAUCCACAGUGAGAUCAAUGCGAUCCAGGCUGUCUCUUCCGAAUUCAACCCAUCCUUGGUGAUUAUCCAGGUGGGUGCCCGUCCGGACUCCUCGACCUAUGUGAAGAUGAAGCUUAAUGCUGCAAAGGAGGCUAACAUCUCUUGUGAACUUGUUUCUCUCCCGGAAACCACCUCUCAGCACGAAUUACUUUCUAGAAUCUCCAAGCUCAAUGCCGAACCAGCCGUCCACGGUAUCCUCGUGCAAUUACCCCUCCCAGCGCACAUUGCCGAGGACAAAGUUACUGCAGCUGUUUCUAAGGAGAAGGACGUUGACGGAUUUGGUCCGUUCAAUGUCGGUGAGUUGAACCGCAGAAACGGUGAGCCACUCUACCUCCCAUGCACGCCUAAGGGGAUCAUGGAGUUGCUUGCGCAUGCCAAGGUUGAGUUGAACGGUGCUAACGCCGUUGUGCUCGGUCGCUCUGAUAUUGUCGGUGCUCCAGUCGCCAGAUUGUUGCAGAUGGCCAAUGCUACCGUCACCGUGCUCCAUUCCAAGACCCAGAACAUUGCGCAGUACGUGUCCACCGCUGACGUUGUGGUCUCUGCCAUUGGCCAGGCAGGCUUUGUCCAGGGCUCGUGGUUGAAGCCCGGCUGUGUCGUCAUCGAUGUUGGUACCAACUUUGUUGAAGACGCCACCAAGAAGUCCGGUUCCCGCAUGGUCGGUGACGUUGAUUUCGAAUCCGCCGUCAAGGUUGCCAGUCAGGUUACCCCAGUUCCAGGUGGGGUUGGUCCAAUGACUGUCGCUAUGUUGUUAGAAAACGUAGUUAUCGCUGCCAAGAGACAGCACGAUGCUUCCAAGCACCCAAAGAAGUUUACCAACCCAUUACCGUUGAACCUCCAGACCCCAGUCCCGUCUGAUUUUGAAAUCUCCCGUGACCAGGAACCAAAACACAUCACUGACGUUGCGUCCGAAGCCGGUAUCCUUGACUCCGAACUUGAGCCAUUCGGUGCUUACAAGGCCAAGGUCAACCUCAACCUUCUUGACCGUUUGGGUAACAAGCGUAACGGUAAGUACAUUUUGGUAACUGGUAUUACUCCAACUCCGCUUGGUGAGGGUAAGUCCACCACCACUGUCGGUCUUGCACAAGCCCUUGGUGCUCACCUCCAUAAGAAUGUUUUUGCCAACGUCAGACAGCCUUCUAUGGGUCCUACCUUCGGGAUCAAGGGUGGUGCUGCCGGUGGUGGGUACUCCCAAGUCAUUCCGAUGGAUGAGUUCAACAUGCACGUCACCGGUGAUAUCCACGCCAUCUCCAUGGCCAAUAACUUGCUUGCCGCCGCCAUCGACACCAGAAUCUUUCAUGAAAACACCCAAAAGGACGCUGCCUUGUACAAGAGACUCGUGCCAGCUAAGAAAGGUGUCCGCACCUUUGCAAAGUGCUUCUUGAACAGACUCCAGAAGUUGGGGAUCAACAAAACCGAACCAAACGACCUCACCGAGGAGGAAAUUUCCCGUUUCGUCAGAUUGGAUAUCGACCCAGAAACCAUCACCUGGAGACGUGUUGUGGACUGUAACGAUAGAUUUUUGCGUGGUGUUACCAUUGGUGAGGCUGCCACAGAAAAGGGUAUGACUCGUUCUACCGGUUUUGACAUCUCCGUCGCCUCUGAGUGCAUGGCUAUCCUCGCGUUGGCCAACUCGUUGGAAGACAUGCGUGACAGAUUGGGCCGCAUGGUGAUUGGUUCUUCCCGUGCCGGUGUUCCGGUUACCUGCGAGGACAUUGGCUGCGCCGGUGCCUUGACUGCCUUGUUGAAGGACGCCAUCAAGCCAAACAUCAUGCAAACUUUGGAGGGUACUCCUGUCUUUGUCCACGCCGGUCCGUUUGCCAACAUUUCCAUCGGUGCUUCCUCCAUUCUUGCUGACAAGAUGGCCUUGAAGCUUGCUGGUACCUCCCUCGACUUGUCUGAAGAGGAGGCCAAGGAGCACGAAGGAUACGUGGUUACCGAAGCAGGUUUCGAUUUCACCAUGGGUGGUGAGCGUUUCAUCAACAUCAAGUGCAGAUCUUCUGGUUUGGUUCCAGAUGUUGUCGUCAUUGUUGCCACUGUCCGAGCCCUUAAGGUCCAUGGUGGCGGCCCAGAGGUCAAGGCUGGUGCUCCGUUGGCUGCUGAAUACACCCAAGAGAACGUUGAGUUGUUGAGAGCCGGCUGCUCCAAUUUGGCCAAGCAUAUUUCUAACGCCAAGCAGUAUGGAUUGCCGGUUGUGGUUGCCAUCAACCAGAUGUCCUCCGACUCUGCAUCUGAACACGAGGUUAUCAGAGAGGAAUCCUUGAAGGCCGGUGCUGACGCGGCUAUUGUGUCUAAUCACUGGGAGGAAGGUGGAAAGGGUGCUGUUGAUUUGGCCAAUGGUGUUAUUGCCGCUUCCCAGCAGCCAAAGGACUUUAAAUUCUUGUACGAAACUUCCGGCUCGGUUGAGGACAGAAUCGCCACCAUUGCCAAGGAAAUGUACGGUGCUGGUGCCGUUGAGUUCUCUGAAAUUGCCCAGCAAAAGAUUGCCACCUACACCGCUCAAGGGUUUGGUAACCUUCCGAUCUGUAUCGCCAAGACUCAAUACUCGUUGUCGCACGACGCUGCAUUGAAGGGUGUUCCAUCAGGUUUCACCUUUCCUAUCAGGGACGUCAGAGCGUCCAUCGGUGCUGGUUACUUGUACGCUUUGGCUGCCGAGAUCCAAACCAUCCCAGGUUUGCCAACCCACUGCGGGUUCAUGAACGUUGAGGUCAAUGCCGAGGGUGAGAUUGACGGUUUGUUCUAAGAUUUUUUGG